UCAGAGUUUAUACGACCACUGAAGAUAUCUAGGGACAAACCAGAACAAUUGUCUGUCAAACCUACUUUUCUAUCCAGGUCAAGAUCCAGCAGCUCAAGAUACAUAUAUGAUUCAGAUAUGGAUGAUGAACGGAAUUCCAAUACUUCAAAGCAAAGCAAAGUCCAUCUUUGCAUCGCCCAUUAUAGUUACAACCCGUUUGAUGGACCAAAUGAAAAUCCAGAAGCAGAGCUCCCUCUUACAGCAGGAAAAUACCUCUAUGUAUAUGGAGACAUGGAUGAAGAUGGCUUCUAUGAAGUGGUGAUGUGUCCGUCAGCAUCAGGAUGGCAUCUUUGCAGGGAUGUGAUCCAUUGGUGUUAUUCCUGGGGAAUUAAAGCAGAAGGCAGUAAAGGUGAACUUCUAGAUGGACAAAGAGGACUGGUCCCUUCAAACUUUGUGGAUUUUGUUCAAGAUAACGAGUCCUGUUUGUUGAGCACCUUAGGCAGCAAGCAGGAUCAGAAUUUUAUCAACCAUUCAGGUUAUGCUUUGGAUGGAGAUAGUCUACUGGAGAUCAAUCCACCAAGUCACAUAGAGUCCAGUGUAAUCAGCAAUGGCACAGGGACUCUUGAUAUGAACAUUGAUGAAAUUGGAGAAGACGUUGCGCCCUAUCCUAGAAAAAUAACCCUUAUUAAGCAACUAGCCAAAAGUGUUAUUGUGGGCUGGGAGCCACCAGUCGUGCCUCCUUGAUGGGGAACGAUUAACAGUUACAACAUCCUGGUUGACAAAGAAAUACGCAUGAAUGUGUCCUUGGGAAGCAGAACUAAAGCUCUUAUAGAAAAACUUAACAUUGCUACUUGCACAUACCGAAUAUCGAUUCAGAGCAUUACAAGCAGAGGUACUUCAGAUGAGCUGCACUUUGUUAGUUGGGAAGGAUGUCAUUGUGGCACCUUCACAUCUUAAGGUGGAUAACAUAACCCAGAUUUCUGCUGAGCUGUCCUGGCUUCCUACCAAUAGCAAUUACAGUCAUGUGAUCUUUCUGAAUGAAGAAGAGUUUGACAUUGUCAAGGCUGCUAGCUAUAGGUACCAGUUUUUUAAUUUGAAGCCCAGUAUAGCCUACAAGGUGAAGGUCAUGGCAAAGCCCCAUCAGAUGCCCUGGCAGCUUCCUCUGGAGCAACGGG